CCAAACGACGAAGAUACCACAGGACGUGUUGCUUCAAACCGUAUCGAGAAGACUUGUUUGAGAUUUAUUGCUAAUAUAAUAUUUUUUUUGGUGCCAAGUUCAACCAAGGAAGAAAAAAAAAAAGCUCCUCUGCGAUGGCAAAGGGAGAAGGAGGUGAACAAUACUCCAACGCCAGUUUAUUGAAUAAAUCGGACGGCAUCAAGCUCGCUAAGAAGCAUGAGAGCAGGAACAGGUUGUCAAUCUGCAACAAGAUUUGCUAUGCUAUCGGUGGAGCGCCCUACCAGAUGACAGGAUGUGCCUUGGGCUUCUUUCUGCAGAUCUAUCUUCUGGAUGUAGCUCAGUUGGAUCCCUUCUAUGCCUCCAUCAUCUUGUUUGUUGGCCGAGCUUGGGACGCCGUAACGGACCCCACAGUGGGCUUCCUGGUCUCCCGGAGCCCAUGGACACGUUUUGGACGCAUGCUGCCCUGGAUCCUGCUUUCAACCCCUCUGGCUGUGCUUUCUUAUUUCCUCAUAUGGUACGUCCCUCCUUUUGAGAAUGGCAAAGUCAUCUGGUACCUCUUCUUCUACUGCCUCUUCCAGUCUCUUCAAACUUGCUUCCAUGUGCCAUAUUCUGCCCUCACCAUGUUCAUCAGCUCAGAGCAGAAGGAGAGAGACUCUGCCACUGCAUACAGGAUGACGGUGGAGGUUUUGGGCACUGUGCUCGGUACAGCUAUCCAGGGUCAGAUAGUAGGCAUGGCGAACGCUCCCUGCCUCCCAGGACCCGGUGACAUCUUGGCAGACCUGAGCAACUCCUCGUCUGGACUCAAUGAAUCAGAACCUGUCAUCUCCCUGGAGCACACGAGAGCGGCCUACAUGAUUGCAUCUGGUGUCAUCUGCUUGGUUUACAUCAUCUGUGCUAUUGUUUUAUUCUGCGGUGUGAGAGAACAAAAAGAGUCUUGUCGUCCCAGGUCAGAGCCCAUGUCCUUCUUCCAAGGGAUUAAGCUGGUGAUGGGGCAUGGGCCAUACGCUAAACUCGUCAUGGUCUUCCUCUUUACCUCACUGGCUUUCAUGCUCCUGGAGGGAAACUUUGCUCUGUUCUGCAGCUCCACGCUGGGUUUCAGAAACGACUUCCAGAAUAUUCUGCUGGUCAUCAUGCUCUCUGCUACUCUGGCCAUCCCCUUCUGGCAGUGGUUUCUGACUCGCUUUGGGAAAAAGACGGCAGUUUACACUGGCACCUUGUCUGUGGUUCCCUUCAUGAUCCUGGUGGUGUGUCUGAAGAGUAACCUGAUUGUCACCUACAUCGUUUCCUUCUUUGCUGGAGUUGGAGUGGCUGCAGCCUUCUUGCUGCCCUGGUCCAUGCUGCCUGAUGUUGUUGACGAUUUCCAAGUGCAAAACCCUGACUCCACCGGCCACGAAGCUCUCUUCUAUUCCUUCUACGUUUUCUUCACCAAGUUUGCAUCUGGAGUCUCCCUGGGAAUUUCCACUCUCAGUUUAGACUUUGCAGGCUACAUCAGUCGAGGCUGCUCUCAGCCAGAGGAAGUGGACGUAACUCUGAAAGUGCUGGUUUCAGCCGCCCCCAUCGCGCUCAUCAUAAUUGGCCUCUGUAUUUUGUACUUCUAUCCAAUCGAUGAGGAGAGGAGGCAAGGCAACCGCAAACUGCUACAAGAACAGAGGGAAAACGAGUCGGAUUCAGAAACUGACUCAACAGAAGCGGCCAACGCUGUGUAGCACACUUUAGAAGACCCGCGGACCAAUCGGGUGAUCUACUGGCAUUUUGCACUGGGCGGGACCAACGGACCUGGGCCUGUCGACUCGUACAGACACUGCCUUGUCCAGUCACACUGCUGCUGCUCCACCAACUAAACUUGAUUGACUCAAAAGUGUAGUUGUUUCGGCCACGCUGAGGUCUUUGUAAAGACACCCAUCCUACCUUGUGCAUUUUCCCUGGCAUGACAGUCACUGUUUUUUUCUUUUGUAAAGUCAGAUCUCAAAAGCCUUACUUUUUUAUAACUAUACUUUUGAGUACUGUGGAAAAAUCCUUUUUGUACAGAUUGGUCUCAAUUGAAAUUGAAAUUGCACAAAACCAUGAAAUGUGUUGGGAGCUUGUCAGCAGACCAUUGGUGCUACUCGCUGGAGCUGAGCAGUUUCCAUCCUUGUACAUACCACAUGGAACAUUAAUGACCGUGAACACUGCUUUUGAGUACAACGUUAUACUUCUGACAUAUAAAAUUGUGAGAAACUUGAACAGCGAUAGCGCCUUAAUUUCUGCCCCAUUUUGGGGGUUAAAAUCCAAACUGACAGAGCGUCAGCCACUUGCUCUCGAGUCAUUGACUUGGCGUGUGAUUUGAACACGUUUAAAUGUGUUGUAGUUUUACAGUUUCUACGAGUAGUUUACAGAAACCUGCCAGCCAAUCUGUCUCCAUCUCAUUCCCAUCCACACUGGCUUCGUGUCUGUUUAGGACGAAGCCGUAAUAAUGUGAUGUUGGAACUAGUAGCCAAACAGUAACAGACAUGCUCUGAAGGGCUCGAUUUAGUUCCUCGCCAUAGUAUAUAAACCACUACAAUAGUAAAAGCAGCUAGUUUGCACUCAUCACUGCAAUGUUUCUCCAACGUUUGCAUUAUUUACGAUACUAUUAUUUAUAGGACAGCUACUACAAGAACAGCGUCUCUUCUCUAAUUGCUAUAUUUCCCUAAUACAGAUUAAAAUGCUGGCAACAGCUGGUUCUAAUUUAGUAAUUACAUUAUUUAAAUAUUUAUUAGUUUUGAUUUUUACUCUUUUUUUUUUUUAAUUAAUGUGUGCCAGAAAGUCACGCUUCAUGCAGUAUUUAAACCUAUUUAAGGCCUGUAAGGUUUUUCCAACUGAACUCAGAAGUUUCUAAGUGAGGAAAAUGGGGUGGGAAUCAAAUUUUAUAACAUUAACACGCCUUUUAAUGCAUGUUGCUACUGUCUUUGCUCUAUGUGCAUUUAAAAAAAGGGAAGCACAUAAUGGUAAAAAAAAAAAAAAGAAAGAUGGAGAAGUGAACUUGUUGUAGUUGGGUGUUUCCUGGAUGUUUAUUUUCUUUUGUACAUAUGUGUGUUUAUUGAAGAAAUAACCAGGAUGCUUUGUGAUCAUCUCAAUCCCUGUCAUAAGAAUGAGGAUUGACAUCUUUCAUAUCUAUUGAUAUGGAAACGUGUACAUGCAGUGUCAUAUGUUAUACAUACUGUUACAUCUUUGCCAUGUUGUUUCUGACAACUGAGUUGCCGAUGUGAAGCUUUUUUUUUCUCUCUCUCCCCUUGUUUAUAUCCCUAGUAGAGGAUACUGUACAUGCCAACAUGGUUUCAUUGUCACUCACUUAACCUGUAAUAAUUGUACAUCCUGUAAAUCUCAUCCCGUUUUAUUUGGUCUUUUGUGUCUUGUCUUUUAUGGAUUUGUUUGUGAACGUCCCUUCAUGACCCUGAGGCUGUAGCCAAAUGUGUGAGCUUUAACCCCACAGGGGCACACAGAAGCCUUGUGUACAUGCCUCCUGUGCAUAUGUGUAUAUAUUGUACAUGUAAACCUGUAAAUAUCUUUGAUAUUUGUGGCUCCAAUUGAAAUGAACGUAUGUACACUGUACUGUAGUUAUUUAAGAAAAAUGUUGUGAUGGAAAAAGAUGUUAAUAAAUACUAAUUGAUAAGUGUACUGUGAA